AUGUUCGACGUCCUUUGGACCGACCCCAAUCGGGAACUUAUGGGCGAGCGAAUCAUAAGAAAAGAGCAAGAAGCGAGGCUAAAGGAGAGGGAUAAGAAGCAGAAGACAGAGAACAGUCGCCGAUCUAUUUCAACGGAGGGUUCAAAUUCUAGUGAUCGUGGUUUUGGGAUCUUUACAGUUAGGAGCCGAAGGAAAACCCCGACACCGUCUAAAGCAAAGGAUACAACUACGUCCCCUGCGCGUCUGGCCUCUAACACCAACAAGGUCAAUCGAACGUCGGCAUACUGUGCUAGGUCUCUAUUACACCACCACGACGGGUCACAAGCUACAGUAAAGACCGGCGAGAAGGGUCACCAUCCUGUCCAGUUCCCAGAAGUGGCUGAUACCUCAAGCAUAUCAUCUCCAGAUUCCACAUCGUCAAAAUGGACACAUCGAUCGGCUGCUAGUAACAGCACUGGGGCCGAUGCCCCUAUAGACGUUACGGAGACCACUCUAAAACCAGAAUAUCUAAUUCAAACUCUAGGACCGUCGUCCUUUGUCACUAGAACUACCGAAGUCACCUUCUCACCUCGUGAUCCGGAAACAGACCUUGACCAAUUAGUUUCCGAAGUACACAUCUCCGCUGAUCGGUCCAAAGCCUCAACGCCCCCUUUAAUGGACCAUAUGCCACGCCUACCAGAAAGAGUAAAUCCCUUGGCAUUUGAUGACCCUGGUUCGACAGCGUCUUCCUCUCAAUCACCUCGAACUCCACCCCCCGUUGAGCUUCGGAAUAACGCCGCUAUCUAUACUCCAGGCUGGAACAGCAAUGAUAGAUUAGUCAACCCGGACGCCUGGAAGCCUCCUCACGAAUGGGACUGUUCCCCGACUAAGGAAAAUGCGACCAUGUCAGAUGAAGAAAGGUUGCAAUCCUCACCGGUGGGCGACGAUUCAGACCAAUGCAUGUCUCCCAGUCUUGCAGCAUUACAGCGCGAAGUCCGAAUGAUGGCUGCGGCUAGUCCAGAGCUUAUGCUCGCCAACAUCAAGUCAAGUAUGGGCCAUUCGUCAGACGCAACAGUUUACAAAGAGCUUGAGAUGUCCAAGAAGAGAUGGAUGUUUUCUGCCCUACAAAAGGAAGGCUAUAUCCCCUUUUCGGAGCCCGCAGAUAGUCGCCCAGUGAGCCCGGAUUCGUCAAAAUCUUCCAGAUAUCCUAGAAUCCUCGCGCUAUACGAAACUCAGGCAUCUACGUCGUUCCUCGCAGCUCUACACCCACAAGCUUCGAUCUCUCACCUUUCGCCAAAGCCAAUAUCUCCGAACCUAUUUCCCAACGUCCAACCAAUACUUGUGCCAGCAAUCUCGGCAUGCUCAGGGUCUCGACCGCUUGCGCCGCAACUGUACUCGACCGUAACAUGUUUGCAUAUGCCGGCAUUAUUUCCUUCCAGCGAGAUCCCACCGAUGCUUCGCCAUAUUUACCGCUGUCUAGCAACCGGCGGUGCCCUGCACUUAACACUAAUUGAUCCUCAACCGGUCUCAUCUUCGAUGGGACCAAAAUUACGACAAUGGUUAUUUGAGAAACUCUUGAUACAGCUAGAAAAGCGAUGUCGCACGACGUACCCAAGCGGCACAUUUCCGGCCUGGUUGGCAGUCGCAAAACUCCGCGGGUUCGGGAGCACUAUCACGACGGUGUCCGUGCGGGCUGUACAUGAGUGUGCUUCUUCGAUAGAAGACACGAAGAAGACAACAGCUGUAGAGAGCGAACUUCGAUGCCUCAUUGCGAGAAUGCUGUGGCAAGAGAUCUGGGGGAAAUUUGUUCACGCAGAUCGGUGGUGGUGGGAAGAGGAGGACAUAGUUCAGGAAUGCAUUGAAAGGGGGACUUACUGGCAGUAUUCACACAUCGUCGCAGUCAAAAACAAGAGGCAGGCAUCCUAA